UCCCUGGCAGUGCCCAACACUUCCUGUUGGGGGCCCCAGUCUUUGGCUGCCGUGCAUGGUACGGGCAUACACGCCACCAACAGAAAGGAAGAAGUUUUACCAGAACGUUAGCAUCUCCCAAGGCGAAGGCGGCUUUGAAAUAAAUCUGGACAACAGGAAGCUGAAAACGCCCCAGGCCAAACUCUUCACUGUCCCCAGCGAGGCCCUGGCUAUUGCAGUUGCUACAGAAUGGGAUUCCCAGCAGGACACCAUCAAGUUCUACACCAUGCAUCUGACCACGUUGUGCAACACAGCUCUGGACAAUCCAUCUCAGCGAAACAAAGAGCAGCUAAUCAGAGCAGCAGUGAAGUUCUUGGAGACCGAUACUGUCUGCUACAGGGUAGAGGAGCCAACUGCCCUGGUAGAACUGCAGAAGAAUGAAUGGGAUCCCAUGAUCGAGUGGGCUGAGAAACGGUACCAUCUAAUGAAUGGCUCCUCUACUAGCAUCAUGGGGCCCAACAUUCCAGCCAGGACCAAAGACACCUUCACCAGCCAUUUGGCGUCUUACAACAUGUGGGCACUGCAAGGUAAUGAAUAUGUGAUCACACAAUUGAAGUCUCUGAUUCUGUCCAUGGGACUGCUUGACAGACACAUUACAGUAGAAAAAGCAGUGCUGCUGUCUCGCCUUGAGGAAGAAUACCAGAUCCAGCAUUGGGGCAGCGUGGAAUGGGCCCACGACUAUGACAUGUAUGAGCUGCGUGCCCGCACGGCUGCUGGGACCCUCUUUGCUCACCUUUGUUCGGAGAGUUCGACAGUUAAACACAAGCUGCUUCAGGACUGAGGCAGAAGAAUGCCCUGUACAGAUGACAAUGUAGCCUGGUGAAUUCGAGCCGCUGGCUGGCAACCAGUGCUAUCCCAGCCCCUCCCAGCACAGUGACUUAGCACUGAGAGGGUCAUGACUUCAGAAGGAUUCCUAGCCGAAGCUUCUCUUCCCUAGCUUGGCUAGUGCUAGAGAGCGCCAGUGUCGCUCAGCAGCCCUGAGGUUUGCUACAAAGGAAGUGCUGUCUGAGCUCUCUUCAUCCCCAGUGAAAUGCCCUGUCUCUGGCUGUUGCCCCAGGCUGUAGCACCAGUGUUUAUGAUCACUCAGAAGGGUGGCUAGUCUACAUUCCACCCUCCAAGGUUCCCAGCUGUGGGACUGGCAUCACAGCAAAAGGACUUCGGUAAGCCAUAUCAUUGGAGACCAGACCCAGCUGAACUGCUCCUCACCCAGUUACGUGCAUCUGCCCCGGUACAAAGUUGGGCUCAAUCCCAGUGUGAUUAAAGGCAUCUGCUAGAUAAUGGAAACCA